AUGAAGUUCAACCAACUUUUAAGUUGGUCAUUGCUAUCAACAUUGGUAGUUUCACAAUCAUCAUCAUCCACACCAUCAGAUGAAGAAGUUACCGUAUAUCACGUAUCAAAUCAAUCACUUAAUAAUAAUAAAGAAUAUUUUCCAUCCAUAAGUAUAAAAGAUUCACAAAUAUAUUUCGAUAAUUUAGUAGGAAAAGAUUUAUCACAUGUUGAAUUAUCAUCAUCUUUAAUCGAUUUAAUAAAUGAGCAAAUUGAUGACUUUAUUUCCCAAGGAAAAUCAAAUUUAUUUAUAAAUUUAAAAGGAAAUGUUAAAUUAAAUGAAAGGUAUUCAAAUCCAAUUUUUAAAACUUCAAAAUCUAUAUCUAAAUAUUUUAAAAAUUUUGAAUUUGGCAAAUCUCAAAAGUUAUCAAACGAAAUUAUAUCUUAUGGAGAAGAAAGCAGUGAAGAUUUACAAUCACAUUUCGAGUAUUUUAAAGAGAAAACUUCAAAUAUUUGGCAAAAUUUUAAAUCAAAUAGUCAAAAAAUAAUUAAAUCAUAUAAUCCUACAAAUGAUCAAUUAUAUAUUAAUGAAAUUUCUUCCUUAAAUCAUUUAAAUGAAUUUUAUGAUAAUUUAUCAUCAGAUUCCAAAUCAAAUACUUUUAUUUUAAAUUUUUAUUCAUUAUUAUCAAUUGCAAAUAAAAUUGGUACUGAUUCAGAAACCUACAAGCAUCAAUUAAAAUCAUUUGAAAAUUUAAUUAUAAAAAUGUCUAAGAAUUUUAACAUUUAUAUUAUAUCUUAUCCAUAUGUUCAACAAGAUAUAUCUCAUUUACAAAAAAGAUCAUCAAUUGAAUCAACUUUUAAAACAAAUCAAUUAAAAUAUGGAACAAAACAAGCUUGUGAAGUAGGUACAAAUAAUUGUAAUUCACAUGGUGAAUGUACUCAACUCAAAAAUAAAGAAGAAUGGAGUUGUUUAUGUUCUUCAAGUUUUAAUAAAACUACUUCAAAAACUACAAAUUGGGUUGGAUCAGAUUGUAAUAAAAAAGAUGUUUCUGUACCUGCUAAUUUAUUUUUAUGGACUACUAUUGCCUUAGUGUUAUUAAUUGCUGGUGGUAUUAAUCUUUUAGCUAGUGUCGGAACUGAUCCAUUACCUGGUGUUUUAGAUGCUGCUACUUUAUCACCAAGUAAAAAGAACAUUUAA